AUGAAUAUUAUGCCGCGCGAGCGUAAAAUGGCGACGCUUCGAAAAGCACUCGUGGCAACGUGGCCGUGUCAAGCUCCCAUUCUGCACUGUCACGGUUCGACUCCCGUUGGGGGUGUUUUGUCGGACCGAUGCGAGAUAUAUCAGCACCUGGCAAUCCGCGUGAACUGCUUUCUUGGACAAGCUGGCAUGGGAUUAUGUCACAGAGCGAUUCUAGCUGGUGAGACGUUGACAGCACGUAGAACACUUGCACGUCUAGAUCAAGAAACUCGCUCUUUUACUAAAUAUCUUCGAAACCUGCAACCUCAACAAGCCUGUUGCAUUCAUAAUUUGUUUGCUGUUAGUCCAAUUGGCACGAAAUCUUCUGAUGACCCUGGAGCAGUUAGCAUGGUUGGUGAAUGUUGCGAUAAUUUAAGCAGCAUCACUGCCUUAGCGCUGCAGAGUCUUCGUGAUCUUGGAUCAGCGUUUCUGGCGGCUAGACUUGACAGAGAGGCUAGUCACCUGCAAAUAGCGACUGGCCGGUUGAUCAGAGAACUAGAAGUUGCUAGAAAGGUACGUUACGCCAUCCUUAUUUUUAUGUCAUUUUUCCUAUACAAAUGGGUACUCCUUAUAGUCCUAUAA